AAAGUCUUUGCCGGCACAGGUGAACACCCAUGAAUGGACCUGACCAUCUAAAAUGGAUACAACAAAAUAGUCAUUAUAAAUCACAGAACUGAAGGAUGACAAGAAGGACGUUUGACAGAUUCCCAAACGUACAAGCCUCAUUCAACGUUUUUUGCAUGAAUGUAAACUUUCAAGACAUAAAUGCUUAUCAUGGCCUCCAGAGCUGGAGCUGCUCCCAACAUAAGUAACUUCAUCCUACAUGACUUCCUCAACUCCACCACACCUCCUCCCUCACUCUCCGCCAGGCCUUCACCUUCGUCUUGCAGCAUAGAUGAGUCCUAUAAGUACAUCUUCCUCCCCAUCUGUUACUCAUUCACAUUCAUCUUCAGCAUUUCUCUCAACUCCAUUGUCCUCUACCGUUCUUUUCGCCAGACGAAGCGCUGGAAUGCUUCAUUGAUCUACAUGGUCAACCUGGCCUCCACAGACUUCAUGUAUGGCCUGUCUCUGCCGUUUCUUGUUGCUAGCUACAUCAUGCGUGACCGCUGGGUCUUUGGGGACUUCAUGUGCCGACUGGUCCGUUUUCUCUUCUACUUCAACCUGUACUGUUCCAUCUUCUUCCUCACAUGCAUUUCUGUCCACAGGUACCUUGGUAUCUGCCACCCAAUGAAAAUAAUUACACUGGAGACCAAGAAGGCGGUUAAGUGCACAUGUGUCCUGGUUUGGAUAGUCGUCUUUGCUCUAACUUGCCCUAUCUUCCGAUUUGCACAGACUGGUCAUGUGACACGAUUAACAAGGAUAUGGGGCAAUGGAACCAAUGCCGGCAAACCUAUGGAUGAGCUAUCACUGGUGAAUGCCAACGCCAGCCAUGGUAACUGGGGACUUGUCAUUGAGGAGUACCAGAACUGUUGGGAUGAUGCCAUAGAUAAGGAGUUUUCGGAUUAUGUGCCGUAUGGAAUCAUACUCCAUUUGGUGGGCUUUUUUCUGCCAUUUUCCAUAAUUGCUUGGUGUUACUCUCACGUAGUUCUGACCAUAUUUAGGACAUUGCACUCUGAGCCUUUACCCAACAGAGGUCAACGACAAGGAGAGAAUGACGAAAUUGCACGUGGAGAGACAAGUAAUGUUGGAAUUGUUGGAAGAAGAGGAAGCAAUGGACUGGGAAGAGAUGAAGGUAUUUCCAUUUUCCUUGGGGUCCAGUCCCCAUACGCCCAUCGCAGGCGCAAAUCUAUCAAGACCAUCAUCACCAUCACACUCCUGUUUGCACUCUGCUUCUUCCCCUUCCAUGUGACGAGAACCAUCUUCCUCCUGCUUAAAGUGACUAAAGGUGUCCCCUGUCACACUAUGACCAUGUUCUCCAUGUGCUACAAGAUCACUCGGCCUCUGGUGUCAUUUAACGCGUGGCUCAAUGCCCUGCUUUACUUUCUGACUAAAGACAAGGGGGGCGGCCACUGUUGCCAGGCAGUGAACACGUCCACUCAACAGGAUGGUGGAGUUCUCUGGCCACUGAGAAUGAAGGGGAAAGCAGAGGAUGGAGGAGAGAUUGAGAUGGAAGAAAGAAUCAACAUUAAGGAGAAUAAAGGAAUUCCCAACAGUCCAACUUACAUGAAGCAGUCGCCUCAGAAAGUCCGAUAUAUAGUUGAGUGAAUUGAUGGUGAAAGAUUACAUUUGAGAUAUACAGUAAUACAGUAGAUGUUAUGUUUUUGAAGGAAAACAAAUCAUUUUAUAUGAUCACUGUAGAAAAAAGCAAUGAUUAAAGACCCUCAACAAGCUG